AUGGAAAAUUGUGGGACUUGGAAUUUCAAAAAUUUCAGAGAAAUCCUAGGACUAAAAGGAUCUUCACAAGGAAUACUCACAACUCUUUCACUUGCUUCAAAGAUUCUACCUUAUUAUGGAUACGCACAUCAAUGUAAGACCUUGAUGACUCAACUUCGGUCUGGUUCUAGAGCAAUAUGGCUAAAUAACCAAAACAUCUUGCUCAGAUCAUACCCUGAUAAAGAUGAUGGAGUUAGAUACAUCCUAAAAAAGAGGCCUUUGCUCAUCUCUAAAGCAUUUGGAAACUCUAGGCUUCUCAAAAGUAAUACAACGCUGCUAAAAUUUCAUGAAUUCAUGACAAAUGAUGACUCAAAAUUGUUCGAAAUCACUAUUCGACUCAAAGCUUUUGACUUAAAAAGCCUCAGAAUUAUCAAUAAAGUAUUGGAUAACCUUGAUUCAGAAGUAUCCUCAGUCAAAUUUCUCCUGAUGUGAGGUUACAGAUCAAAUAAUGUCUUCAUAGAUGUUCCUGAAAUAGUAAAGGUAUACUCAAAAAUUGCUGAUUUCUGCAACAAGGAAAUACUAGUAGACAAUAGUGGGUGCUUUCCCACAUAUAUUUUCCCAGAAUGACUCAAAUUUGAUAUGAGAAAGGCCUCCUAUAUAACAGAAAAAUCAUGAAUACUUUUUACAAAUUGCCUUCCAUUCCCAGAAUACGAGAAUAUGGAUCCGGGAAUAGCCCAGAGCUUUAUAGAGGGUCAAUUUUGUUCCAGGCAAUAUUUUAAAUUGUUCAGUCAGUAUAACCCUGAAGAAAUUUGGAAAAUGACAAGGAAGUCUACCCUCACUUUGAAGAUUUGUGCUAGUCAUUCCUUAGACGAUUCAUCAGAUUUAAAAUAACAUCACUGAAAUUCUAAUGGAUUAUGAGAAAUGUCCCUCAGUCAAGGACUCUCAGUUCAAAGAGAUAAUAUUGAAUACAACUGGACUCAUAGGGCAGUUUGAAUGUAAUUCUCAGAAAGUAUUUCUUUGGAACCUCUAUGACAUGUACAAUCUUUGCUACCAAAAAUAAGAUAGAACUAUCUAUCCAAAGCUGUAAAUUCGCCUUCAAAGAAACUGCAAUCAAAGGAGCUGUAUGUUAUAUCUACCUGGAGGACAAGUUUCUUAAGAUUACUAAUUUUUGAGGAAGAUUCAGCAAACUCAUCUAUAAAUGUUCAGACUAUUUCAUCUGGAAACUUGAUAUCUCACAAUUCAGUGGAAAACUUGUUGAAGGUGAAACUCCUAAGCUCACCAGAAGGGUUAAAUAUCUCACUAAUGAAUGGUGAGCUAUCAUCUUUAUCAACCAGAUCACCCAUAUUGAAACCUCCUUGGCUAGAUUAGAGUCUUCAGUUGUUCAAAAUGCUGGCAGGGGCAUAAUCUUCAAUACUACUAUUAAGUUUCUGGAGUUAUUAAAAGAGAAAACUUUUGCAAAACUCGAAAAGUUAAAUAAUCGUGGAAAGCUUAACCUUAGGAUCGAAAUGACAGAAAAUUGAAACUUGCUUUCCCCAAAGUCUAACAUAGAUCUAUCAAUUCUGAGAUAUCUUAAACUUACUGAGCUGCAUAUCAAAGUGUAUCUGAGGACAAUAAAUAAGGAGUUAAAUGGGCUCGCUAAAGUCCUGCAGAAUCAGAAGGAAUUGGAGUUCUUCAGUCUAAGCUCUAUUGACUUAUUCUGCAAAAAUCCCUUAUCAAAAGAGUUUCAGAAUUUGCAUCUAGUUUUAAAAAACCGUCCUUAUUUGAGGAAGAUUAAUAUAGUUUCCAGGAGUUCCUUCCCUCUGGUUACUAAAGAAGUAGCGAAAACUCUUCUUAUUGAUAAAAUCACAGCUGAAAUCACUAUUAAGCAUGGUUGAGAAUGAUAUUUUGACACAUAUCAUAAACUAUGUGAAGAAUUGUAAAUCAUAAUUUUAAUUUCAAUGGGAUCUAA